GUAGCAAGUUGACAACUUGAUAUUAUAGUAAGAAAAAGGCACCUUUGGAGUGUGGUGCUAUCUAUGAUCAAUCCAAGGCUGCAGCGCACCGACACAGAUUAAACUAACAACCUUUGAUCAAUGGCGAAUGGCCGCCGAUUUUUACUUCUUUCCAUGUUGACCAAACCCUAUAAUAAUAUCCCCUGAUUUCGUUUCUUCUUCGGCUUUACUUCAAAAUCCAAUGGGUUUUCCAGUUUCUCUCCUCCCAUGGCUUCUCUUUGCUCUUCAGAUCUUCCCGUUAUCCGCGCAGCAGAGAUCCACCUACAUUGUCCACAUGGACAAGUCCUUCAUGCCCGCCGCCUUUUCCGGCCACCACCACUGGUACUCCUCCGCCGUUGAUUCUCUCGGCGGCGGGCCCAAGCUUGUGUACUCCUACGACAAUGUGAUUCACGGCUUUAGCGCUGUGUUGUCGGAGGAGGAACUUCAGGCGUUGAAGAAGUCGCCGGGAUUUGUUUCGGCUUAUAAAGAUCGGACGUUUGAGCUGCAAACGACGUAUACUCCUAGCUUUUUGAAGCUUAAUUCGGAGACGGGGCUAUGGCCGGCGUCGAAGUUCGGCGAGGAUGUGAUCGUCGGUGUGGUUGACUCCGGCGUUUGGCCGGAGUCUAGAAGCUUUAGAGAUGACGGCAUGCCGGCGAUUCCGAAGAGGUGGAAGGGGGUUUGCAAGGAAGGAACAGAGUUCAAUUCUUCGUUGUGUAACAGAAAGCUGAUUGGAGCUAACUAUUUUAACGCCGGGGUUCUCGCCGCGAAUCCCGGGAUAAAUAUCUCCAUGAAUUCCGCACGUGACACUGACGGUCACGGCACGCACACGGCGUCAACUGCCACCGGAAAUUACGUCCAAGACGUCUCCUAUUUCGGCUACGCCGCCGGCACGGCGAAAGGAGUGGCGCCGCGGGCUCGUUUGGCGGUGUAUAAAGUCAGCUGGGACGAAGGGGCUUACACUUCGGACCUCCUAGCCGGCUUGGACCAAGCCGUCGCAGACGGCGUCGACGUCAUCUCUAUUUCCAUUGGCUACCGUUUCAUUCCCCUGUACGAAGACACCAUCGCAAUCGCCGCUUUUGGCGCUAUGAUGAAAGGAAUUCUCGUUUCCGGCUCCGCCGGAAACAGCGGUCCAAACGUCGGAACAUUAAACAACGCCGCGCCGUGGAUGUUGACGGUCGGUUCCGGAUUAACAGACCGGUGGUUCGCCGGAACAGUGACGCUAGGAAAUGGGGUACAAAUCAGGGGAUGGAGUUUAUUCCCCGGGAGAGCACUGGUGAGAGACGUAAAUUUGCUAUACAACAAAUCAAUUUCCGCUUGCAGUUCAUCGGAAAUGGUGGCUCAAGUCCCUGAGCCACAAUUCACUAUCCUCAUCUGCGAGAAGCCGGAGAGUGAGGACGGUUUCUCCGACCAAAUGCGCUACGUCACGGACGCCGGUAUCCGCGCCGCUAUCUUCAUCGACGACUAUCCAGGGAUUUUCCGUUCCACCACAUUCCCAACCCCAGGCGCCGUUAUCACCCCAAAAGAAGGCAAACAAGUCAUCAAAUACGCCAAAUCCGCCGAUAACCCAUCCGCCACCAUCACUUUCCAGGAAACAUUUUUCGGGCACAAGCCGGCGCCGACCGUGGCCGCCUCCUCUUCCAGAGGCCCUUCUCGGAGCUACCUAGGAAUCUCGAAGCCGGAUAUCUUGGCGCCGGGAGUGUUGAUCUUAGCCGCAUAUCCGCCUAACAGCUUCGCCACAUCUAUCGGAGCCAACAUUCAAUUAGGCACCGAUUACAAUCUUGAAUCAGGAACCUCCAUGGCUUGCCCGCACGCGGCCGGAAUCGCGGCUAUGCUGAAAGGGGCACAUCCAAAUUGGAGCCCUUCCGCCAUCAGGUCUGCCAUGAUGACCACCGCGAUCACAGUAGACAACACCGGAAAACCAAUCAAAGACUCCGACAACAACGCUGCCGCCACGCCGCUGGACAUGGGUGCCGGCCUGGUUGAUCCCAACGCCGCGCUUGAUCCCGGCCUAGUUUAUGACGCUACCCCGCAAGACUACGUUAAUCUUCUCUGCGCCAUGAACUUCACACAAGCUCAAUUCCAAAGCAUCGCGAGAUCUUCAGCCGCCCAUAACUGCUCCAACUCAAACCCAGAUCUAAAUUAUCCGUCCUUCAUCGCUCUAUACCCUCUUGGAGGAGAUAACGGAGUUUAUAACUGGAUAGUGCAGACAUUCAAGAGAACUCUCACAAAUGUUGGUCCCGGUGCGGCUACAUACAAGGCAAAGCUGGAAGUUCCCAAGAACGCGACAAUCUCAGUGUCUCCUACAACAUUGGUGUUUACGAAGAAGAUGGAGAAACAGAGCUACAGUCUGAGGAUACGGUACAGAGGCGAUGAGAAUCAAAGCAAGAAUGUUGGGUCGAUUACAUGGGUAGAAGUGAAUGGUAAUCACAAGGUUAGGAGUCCAAUUGUUGUGUCAAAUACAGUAGAUGUCUGGGAAUGAAUAUAAGCAGCAAUGUUGUGUCAACUAUUUAAAUCAUUGCACGUAUGUUGUACUGUACUGGGAUUUAAAUCAAGAAUUCUGCAAUAACAGUCAAUUUAAAUUUUCUCAAUGAAAGGUCAU